AUGGCCCCGCCCGGCAUCAAAGGCCGCUUCGUCCUCUUUGCUCUACUUGUAAUCGCUCUGUUCUUGUUUGUCCGGCUGGAGGGCUAUCGAGCACCGUCGGGGCAGUUGUCGCCCAUCCAGCAAGCGAAGGCUGGCACUUCGAACAAGGUUUCCAGCGGUCCCUCGCUGACGGGUCACGCAAUUGCCCCCAAGUUGGGAAAUGCGACAGUCAAGGCCGAACUCGGUCGCGCAGCAUGGAAAGUGCUGCACACGACCUUUGCACGCUUCCCCGAGAAGCCUACCCCGGACGAGAAAGAGGCACUCCGAUCCUACGUACACCUCUUCCAGCGAUUAUACCCAUGUGGAGAGUGUGCCGAGCACUUUGGGAAGGUGUUGGCCAAGUAUCCCCCCCAGGUAUCUUCCCGGACAGCAGCAGCCAUGUGGGGCUGUAUGGUUCACAAUAUUGUCAACAAGCGCCUCCAUAAACCAGAGUUCAACUGCGAAGACAUUGGCGACGCAUACGAUUGCGGGUGUGGAGACGAAGACACGAAGGACACGGGCAGAAGUGAAGGCGUCGACGUAUAG